UAGCACAACAGUAACGAGAGAGAGAGAGAGAGAUUAGCAAACCCUAACCAGCUGCGUCAAGAGUCCCGAUUGAUACAUCCCGCUGGCGAUUGAUUUGGUGCGCCGAGAAAGAAACGAGACCGAUUGAUCUGCAAAUAACAGCGGCGGGGAGGGGGAGGGAGAGAGAGAGAAAGAGGGCGGGAGAUGGGGAAGAAGAAGAAGAGAGCGACGUCUAAGGUAUGGUGCUAUUAUUGCGACCGAGAGUUCGAGGACGAGAAGAUACUGGUGCAGCACCAGAAAGCGAAGCACUUCAAGUGCCAUGUCUGCCACAAGAAGCUCUCCACCGCCGGCGGCAUGGUAAUUCAUGUCCUUCAGGUUCACAAGGAGACCGUCUCCAAGGUGCCUAAUGCAAAACCUGGUAGAGAAUCUACUGACAUUGAAAUAUAUGGAAUGCAAGGCAUCCCACCGGAUGUCUUGGCUGCUCAUUAUGGGGAGGAAGAAGACGAUGCCCCAUCAAAGAUGGCCAAAGUGGAGAUUCCUUCAUCUGUGAUGCCAGGAUCGUUGGGCGUCCCUUUUCCUCAGUCAACUCUAGGCACAAUGCAGCCAGUUUACAGUCCUGCAUUGGCAGUGCCACCUGGUGGGUGGCCAGCUCCUCCUCGUCCACAACCUUGGUUUCCCCCACAUCCAGCUGUUUCUGUCCCCCCUGCACAUCUAGGAACAUUGCAGCAGCCUCUAUUUCCUGGACAGAAUCUGAGGCCUCCUUUGCCAUCUGCUACAACGCCAUCAGGUCAACCAUCUAUGACCACUGCUCCACCAGGACUGCCCCCAGCUACAUCGAUUCCUUCAUCUCAACCACUUUUUCCUGUUGUUGCCAACAACACCAUACCUACUCAUAGUUUGCCUUUUUCUGCGUCCAUGCUUUCGACGAAUAUUCCAUCGAGCUCUCCCAUAGACCUUAAAAUCUUAACUGAGGCAAGUAAUUCGUCCGUGGCAAGUAACUACCACAUGCCUGGAAGUCAAGGUGGCAUGUCGCUCAAUUCGCACUCUUAUGCUUCUGGUCCAAAUACUGGUGGUCCUGCAAUUGGACCGCCUCCUGUAAUUGCAAACAAAGCUCCUGUUACCCAUCUGGCCUCAAAUGAGGUUUAUUUAGUUUGGGAUGAUGAAGCAAUGUCGAUGGAGGAAAGAAGAAUGUCCUUGCCGAAGUAUCAGGUGCAUGAUGAAACUAGCCAGGUAAGUUAUAAGCACUCCUGUUAUUUUUUUUCUUUCAAGUGGAAAUGAGGUUGCUUUACUCAUCUAACCAGAUGGGUAGAUGUUACAAUCCGGUUUACGCAUUGUUUCAUACUUAUAAAGGUACUUUUGUAUUUAUUUUCUUUCUUUAAUCCAUUCUGAAAACGAAUGAACUGCACUAAAAAUGUUACGAGCCUUCCAGUGAAGUCUCCUACCUUUGGAUUUCAGAUUUGGUUGUUUACGCGUUAUGUCAAUUUAUGGAGGUACUGCUAUAUACUUCAAUUUUUUAUUCAUUUUGAAGAUAGUGUGAACUGCACUAAGAAUGUAUGAGGCUUGCAGUAAAACAUUCUUUUAAUUGUUAUCCCCAUCGAUCAAUGGCUUCUUUUAUUUCUUCUGUUCCUUUUCUGUAUCCACUUUUCCCAUCUGUCAAGCUAUCCUACCAUUUUUUCGGCCAUCAAAGAUUCAACUAGGAAUUACAUUAGUAAAAUUACAAUCUGACAAAGCUUUCUGUGAUCGAUGUGAGGAUGCUCCGAUCUAGCAUUGCACCCCAUUAUGAAGAGUGUAUGUAUUUACUCUUUGGAUUGCUUAUUUCAUUUAUGGUCAUAUAUCCUUGUCAUGCAUCGUUUUGAGGUUUGGGACUUGAAUGGAAUGAGAAUAUACCCAUCAGAAAUUUGCGUGCAAGUGUUGUGAUUUCGAUAUUAUUUUUAUGAUCAAACGGUGAGUGAAUUCAAACUCAGCCAGGUCAGCUUCUUCCGCAAAGUUUUGUAUGGGAGCAAAAGCUGUAGUAAUCCGUUUUACAUAUAUGGUGUUUUGGCAGUCUUUUUGGCUGACAUUUUCUAUUGUGGUUUGUAUGUUCCAGAUGAGCUCAAUCGAUGCAGCCAUAGACAGAAGGAUAUUGGGAAGCAGGCUUGCUCGCCAUAUGGCGUUUUAGUUUUGUUGCCGUUUGUUUUGUUUUUUUUUUUUUUCCUAAUUACCUGUAUUGUAUGGCUUGGAAUAUCUCUGAAUGUGGUGGGAGUCAAAUGUAGUGAGGAAAUUAAUUUACAUAAUUUGGAGAAUUAGUUAUGGUUUUCAUAA